UGGUAGUAGACGGAUGCAAAUGCAGAAGUCUAUUAAAAACAGUGUGACAAACAGGCAAACGAUCCAAAUCGGCAGGCUAGAAUCAAUAACGAGGAAAUGAGCAAUGGGUUGGGAGAGGCACAAACGGACUAAAUCAGACAGACAAAAGCAAAACCAAGGAACAGAAACCCAGGAAAUCUACACGGGACCUAAGGCUCUGUAAUGUGCGCUAACGUAAUAUUUUGCAAUGAACGUGCGUAGACACAGUCCGUAUAUAGAAGUCUGUGAAGAUUCUCAGUCAUCCAGGUCAUAGUAAACUGUGGUUGGUAAAAAGAGCAACUGGACUUGCUUGAAGAUUCUUGAAGACGCUUCACCUCUCAUCCGAAAGGCUUCUUCAGUUCUGUCUGACUAAUAGGGAGUAUCAGGUGACACUACUAACAGUUUUGCUGAUGGCGUCAAUAAAAGUCCAACAGAGAAGAUUCUGGAGGUCAUUGUUAUCUGGAGUUUGUGUACUCAUACUCUUGGGCUCUCUGAUCAUCUAUGAAAAGUCAAAGAUGAAUUACAAAUCACUGAUGUUCAGAGAUGAUGAAACUCCAGAGGACGAGUGUGACUGCAAGAAAAUUUUACAAGGAGACACUGAUGAGAUUAAACGUGCUAAGAUUCUGACCAUCACAAAGAGCUUUAAGAACAUAACACGGAUUACUGAUGAACAAUAUGUCAAGCAGACGAAAGACUGUGAAAAGUUCCUGAGGACUCGGAAAUACCUCCUGUCCCCACUGAGUGAGGAGGAAGAGGCAUUCCCAGUGGCAUAUUCCAUUGUCAUUCACCACAAGGUACAGAAUUUUGAGAGGCUCCUUAGGUCCAUAUACAGCCCUCAGAAUUUUUACUGUAUCCAUGUGGACAAAAAAGCCCCCGAGUCCACUAUGAGGGCGAUUAAUGCCAUUGUCUCUUGCAUUGAUAACGUUUUCUUGGCUAGCCAGUUUGAACAGGUGGUCUACGCCAGCUGGAGUCGUGUCCAGGCUGACAUCAAUUGCAUGAAGGAUCUUUACCAGGUUAGCAACCGUUGGAAGUACUUCAUCAACCUGUGUGGGCAGGAUUUCCCCAUCAAAACCAACCUGGAGAUAGUACAUGCCCUUAAAGCACUAGCUGGUGGUAACAGCCUGGAGACUGUGAUCACACCCCAGAAUAAGGUGCAUAGAUGGAAAAAAAGAUACCAAGUGAUAAAUGGCAGAAUUCGGAGAACCAACCAAAAUAAAAAACCGCCACCCUUUGGCAUGAAGAUAUUCACAGGUGGUGCAUACAUAGUGGUGAGUCGUGAUUUUGUGCGUUAUGUGCUUGAGGACCCCAAAGCCCAGGUGUUGAUGUCAUGGUUAAAUGAUACAUACAGCCCUGAUGAAUUUAUUUGGGCUACAAUGCAACGCAUUCCUGGUGUCCCAGGGUUUCUUCGUGCACACUCUAAAUUUGACAUCACGGACUCUUACAGCAUCUCCCGGCUAAUCAAAUGGGCAGGACAUGAGGGGAACAUCAAUGCAGUGUACCCUGCCUGUCAGGGUAUUCAUGUUCGGAGUGUUUGUGUAUAUGGGGUGGGGGACCUGCAGUGGAUAACAGAGCAGCAUCAUUUAUUUGCUAAUAAAUUUGACACAGAUUUUGACCCAAUCACCAUUCGAUGCUUGGAGAAGUACCUCAGAAACAAAGCGCUAAAACAGUAUCAUUAAAUUCAUACAUGCAUACUAUAUGGACAAAAGUUUGUGGACACCUGAAUAUCAUACCCCUAUGUACUUGUUGAACAUUUCAUUCCAAAAACAUUGGGAUUAAUAUGGAGUUGGUCCAACUUUGCUUCUAUAAGAACCUCAACUCUUCUUGGGAGCCUUUCCACUAAAUUUUGGAAUGUGGCUGUGGGGAUUUGUGCCCAUUCAGCCAAAAGAGCAUUAGUGAGGUCAGGGAGUAAUGUUGGGUGAGGAGGCCUGGAGUGAAGUCAACAUUCAGAUUCAUCCCAAAGGUGUUCAGUGGGGUUGGAACAGGUGUCAUUCUGGAACAGGUUUCAGCUUCUUGGAUUUAGUGAAGGAAAAAGAAGGGAAAAAUAUUGUGUGCAUCAAACUUUGUGAAGCCACUUUGGGGAAGGUCCAUGUAUCCAUGUAUGGAUGUGAUGGUCUGGUGUGUAUAUCCUGUAUUCACAACUGUAUAUACAACUGCUGUCUCAUGUAUACUCUGUUUUUGUUCGUUUGCUGCUGCUGUUCUUGUUGGGUUUGUUUGUUUUCCUGCUUGUACAUGUUAAUUCUGUCUUACUGUUGCACUGCUUGAUGGGGCUAUUUGUUAGCUCCCGGUUUGAUAUGUGUGUGUAAUGUAAUGCUUGUUGUGAAAUUGUGGGUAUGUUGAAAAUGUAUUGCACUGUAUUCAUGUAAAUGUUGAAAUGUUUUUGGAUGUCUGCUGCUGUUCUUGGUGUUUUGGUUCCCCCACAACCUGUGAACCGGUGACAGGAUCAUGGGUGUCGAAGACUCAGUGAUUC